GCUUUUUUAUGGGACAUCUUUGUUUUGUCAAGGCCUAGGGAAAGACCUCAAACGUUGUACGCAGUUGUUUAUAUCAUGGAUCUUCGUUCCAGGUUCAAGCCACCUCUGCCUCAGCAUACUUUUGGAAAUUAUUACAGGGCUGCCAUGGCAACGCCAACUCUGCCUACCGGUGAGAAGCAUCAUGGAUCGGUGAGGCAGGUGAUGGAGGAAAUUGAGAAGAUUGACAAUAAUUAUAUGAGGAAAUUCCAAGAGGGGUAUCAAGAACAUCUGGAUUUCAUGAAGAAAAGAACGGAGAAGGCUGCAAAAGGAGAGCUGGUCACAUUGACUUUUUCUAGUGUAUGCAAGUUUCCUGUGUACGAUGCAGAUUUUGGUUGGGGAAGGCCUACAUGGGUGAGCAUGACUGCUAUGCGUAUCAGUAAUCAAAUAGUCUUCAUGGACACCAGAAAUGGUGAUGGAAUUGAGUCUUAUUUUAGCUUGAAAGAGGAAGACAUGGACAAGUUCGAACAUAACAAAGAGUUCAUGGCGUUGCUUAGCUCCCCAAUUGGUAAUGUCAAGGAAAAUCCACUUGCACGUCUUUAAAUUGAAUGAGAAUUAGCAUCAUCGUGUGUUUGCUGGUCUAGAAUUUAUUUGCAGAACCAAAUCAUGAAAAGAAAAAAAAGUUUCUCAUAAUAA